CGACUGAUCACGCUCGAUGAUGCGCGCAGCUUCUCGCACGUCUGCGAGGGUGGUUGCUCUGAAAAGCCGUGCAUCGUUCGCUCCAACAAGAGCCUCAAACUUUGUGAAGGCUUCCCUCACGAUGCGAUGAGGCUGGCUUCGUUCUCCGUCACGAGGCAUGGCGUAAAAGGUGUCGCAGGAACGAACAGGUCGACGGAAGACGGUCGUGGUAAAGCAUGUGAAUGCGCCUUCUUAUGACAAGGGCGGUGUCCUCAUGACCAGAGCCGUGCUACCAGUCAGGUGGCGGUCAGGUCGCGGUCAGGUCGAAAAGAUCGGGCUGCGCCUUGGAGGGAGGCUGAGGCGCAGAAGUCUGGGCAAACCAGAAUCUCGCAGCCUCACUUUGUGCAGGAAGUUCCCUUGAACCUCGAGACAUCAGCACAGCCUUGCACAGAAAUGUCUACAUACCCUCGUUGACCACGUCUGCAUUGGAAGACCAACUAGAACGUCAAAGGACAAGGAAUGUCGAUGACUGCCUGCCUUUCGACACCAGGAAGCGAACCUGUAUCUCAGACACGAUCAGUCCACGGCCCUCCCUCAUGGCGUUAGAAUGGUCUUCCACGGCCCAUGGAAACAAGAGACGGAAGUUGGACAAUUGGGACUACGAACAAUCCUCUUUGACACCCUACAAAUACAACCCUGUUGCAAAUUCUUCGCAGGCGUGCUUGCCCCAUGAUGUAUAUGAGCAGAGCUACAGAACGCCAUGCAGGUCAGGUGUUGGACAUGUGUCUGAUCUCACUGACAUACAAUCUACUACGGCUUCAAGAAGCUUUCCCCAGCCUCAUCCGAGUGUGCACAUGGGGGACCCUAUCAACACCGUUCGAACACAUAUAGCUGCAGCCGAGCGGCACUUAUCUUACCAUGCUGGCAUGAGCGCGUCAGCCACAUUUACCGCCUCUAGCGAAUUCACCGUCAGCCAGCGGGCUCUCUCCACUGAUCCCUCCGACGUUCUGGGCGAGGAUAGCAAUGUGGACCAGGAAUGCAUCGAGUCAAUAUCACACAUGACCAUCUGCUACGGCAUGUUGUGCAAUAUCCAAGUUGAGCUUCUAGUAUCCGCCUUGUCUUUAAUGGAAUGUCAAGCCUUGUCCUGGGACGGCCCGGACGGUGCCACAACACUACGGAACCCAACUGGUGAACUCGAAGUUGCUAAACUCUCUGCAAUCACUGCACAGGUGCUGCGGACAUUAUCACUCGAAGCAGGUGCUGAAUUCCAAUUCUGGCUCUCACCGCAGCAGCAACCCGGUCAACAGACAACUUACAAGUCUGGGGAAAUGGAAAUCAAGGGGAGCGUGCGCGCAACUCGAUCCUUGUCAAUUAUUGUGUACGGACCGAACAACAUGGCAACCCGUGUUGGUGACUGGCUCGAUGGCUUGAAGAUGUAUCUUCAAGUGCCCGGAGGAUGCGAUCGAGAUGUUCCGUAUAUAAACCCCCACUGCCUUGCUUCAAACCAGGUGUCUACAACAUACACUCGUCAGCUUGCGGCCGAUCUGAGCAUGGACGAGCCGGAAAGUCAAGAUUCUCAUAGGGAUCUCUUCUCUGAUCUUUAUACCGACUCGGUCUUUGACCUAGCACCCCAACCGUACGCCAUUGCUUCUUCGCUUCACAGCCACCAGAGACAAGCCUUGACCUUUAUGAUCGAACGAGAGAACGGGUGGAACUUCUCUGGAACGCGAAAUGAUAUAUGGAGAUCUCACAUUGACGCGUUCGGUGUGCGAAGAUACAAAAAUACGGUAUGCGGAUUAACUCAAACACGGGCCCCAGAGAGCUUCCGAGGCGGAAUCAUUGCAGACGAGAUGGGUCUCGGGAAGACGUGCACGAUGCUCGCAUUGAUAGCGGCGAACCCGUCCCAAUAUAACUUCUCAACGGGCCGUUUCGAUUGCGUCAAAAGCACAUUGGUCGUUGUCCCUGUUCCGCUCCUGUUCGUGUGGGAGAAGCAGAUUCAGGAGCAUUUCCGGCGUGGCUGCGUCCGACACACGAUCUUCUAUGGUCCCGAUCGCCAGCAGAACGCUAAUUUCCAGGACCAUGAUAUUGUCGUCACAACCUACACGACCGUCUUGUCGGAGUGGAAGAACCGUAGAGUAUCCCGGUCUCAAACAGAGUCCAGCCCCUUGUUCCGGACAUUCUGGCACCGAAUUAUCCUCGAUGAAGCGCAUGUCAUCCGGACAAAAGAAACGAUAUGUGCAAAGUCGAUAUAUGCUUUACAAGGGGAACGCCGAUGGUGCAUCACUGGGACCCCUCUCCAAAACCGAUUGACGGAUAUCUUUUCUCUUCUCCACUUUCUGAAGGUGCAUCCUUACGACAAUAUGCUAACCUUCCAGGAACAAAUUCUCCGUCCAUGGAAGUCGCGCAUGGAUGAAGAUGCUUUGAAGAGGCUUCAAUCGAUCUGGAAAGUGAUCACCAUUCGUCGAGGGCGGAAUGUCAUUGCUCUGCCAGAUCGAAUAGUGCACACGGAAGAGGUUUGUUUCACGGAAGAUGAGCGUGCUCUCUAUGAAAGGGCGCGGACCGGUGUGAUCGAAGUUCUGAACAACGCCAUGGAUAUCGACUCAUCGACAUCCGGAUCGGUGUACUUGAAUGCACUCCAGAGAAUCAAUGAUCUCAGAUACAUCUGCAACCACGGCGUCACCCCACCACGACGCCGUGAACAUCUCGAACCAAUGCAACCCUUGGGAGAAGUACUCUCUCCUCUUCUGGACGAAAUGUUUGAAAAGGAGGCGGAGACUAUGAACCCGCUAUGCGGUCAUUGUGGCGCCGACCUGUUGUGGGAAGAGGAAGACAGGAGCCGAUUUCUCCUUACACCCGACAUUUGCUACAAUUCCUCGUCGUCUCCAACCUGCAGGAGCUGCCUGCAGUACGAGCCGCCGUCGCUUUCACCAUCAGGUUCGAGUUUGUCUUCUGGCGUUUGGUCACCAACUAGGCUGAUCAAUUCGAUGCGGCCAUCAAGCAAGAUCAAAGCCCUGGUGGGCCAGAUCCAGCGACUUCCUCUCAAUGAUAAAUGCAUCGUUUUCUCAUACUGGACUUCGAGCCUGGAUGCCAUCGAGGAAGCGCUGAAGCAGGCGCAGAUCAAAUUCUGUCGUUACGAUGGUAGGCUGAGCCAAACACAGCGCAGUCAGGUUCUCAAUUCCUUUACGAGCGAUGCUUCCUUACGGGUGUUCUUGUUGUCGAUAACGUGCGGAGGAGAGGGACUUGAUCUCACCGCGGCAAACCAUGCCUUCCUCCUUGAGCCGCAAUGGAACCCCAUGCGGGAAGAGCAGGCCAUGGCUAGAGUGCACCGACUCGGUCAGAAGAAGACGGUCCGCUUAGUCCGCUUGGUGGUGAAGGACACGUUUGAAGAGAACAUCAUCAGGCUCCAAGGGCGGAAACGAACAUUAGCCGAUCUCAUCGUCGACCGGGCUCCGCUGCAGGAGGGAGCUGGUGGAAAGAAGCAGUUGUAUUAUCUGCGUGAGUUGGUAGUGUAGAAUUGCACACCGUAGAAUAGUCAGGAUCGUAAAUCUAGAGACAGGGCUUGUUACGUGAUGCUGCGA